AUGAAUCUUCUUCUUAAUCAAGAAACUUCAGAACUUACAAGCUGGAAUUGGUAUGUAAAUAAAUCGGCUGAAGGAAAACGAAAAAAUAUAGAUUAUACGGAUUCCAGAGCCAUUAAGAAAGUGAAGAAAGAAUCUGAAAAAUCGGAUACUAUUCUUAAGGAACUUAAAAAUACAAAUGCCAGAGUCACGAAGAAUGUAACCGCUUCAACUGAAAAAUCGAAUACUAAUCUUGAAGUACUCGAAGAAAUUCUUCUAAAGUUUUUUAAGUCACGAUCAAAUUUCUCAUUAUCAUCUGCAUCUGAGGCAGUGUUGCAAGCCGUUGCUGAAUUAUUAUUGCAAGAAAAUCAAAUUCCGGAAUUGCCGGAAUUGUGUUUAGUAAUUGAUAACAACAAACCAAAGGGAGAUGAUAACAAGCCAAAUCUCACAACGUUAAAUGAUAUUUUACUUUCUGCGGAUGAUCAAUUUAAAAAAUAUAUGAAUGUAAUCAUACAUGGACCAGCCCAAGAUGGUAAACCGGGUAUUAUAGAUUCUCGAAUCCUUAUAAAACAGCAACCUAAAUAUUAA